AUGGCGCCGUGCUCGCUGUGCCCGCCUGAUGCGCCGCGACGAGCUCUGAUUCGACGACCCAAGACUGGCCAGGCAGUCUGCAAGGAAUGCUUCUUCCGCGUGUUCGAGACGGAAGUCCACCACACCAUCUUGGGAUGCGGGCAGGGCGCAUUGGACGGUGCGGCGGGCACCAGCGUCAAGGGCAAGGGCAGGGCAGACUUUGACGAGGGCAGCAGCGACCAGCGAGGCGCUGAGGCGGAGGCUGAACCGACGAGGAGGGGAUUGUUCAGGAGGGGCGAGAGGGUCGCUAUCGGCGCGAGCGGAGGCAAAGACUCGACAGUUCUUGCGUACAUCAUGACCCUCUUGAACAAGCGCUACGACUACGGUCUCGACCUGUGUCUCCUCUCGAUUGAUGAGGGAAUUAGCGGGUACCGGGAUGCUUCGCUCGAUACCGUCAAGCUCAAUGCGCAGCAGUACGACCUGCCGCUCAAGAUCCUGUCGUACUCGGAGCUUUACGGCGGCUGGACGAUGGACAAGGUCGUCGCAGAAGUCGGCAAGAAGGGCAACUGCACCUACUGCGGCGUCUUCCGCCGUCAAGCGCUCGACCGAGGAGCCGACCUGCUUGAGGUCGACCACAUCGUGACGGGUCACAACGCAGACGACGUCGCCGAAACUGUUCUCAUGAACGUCCUCCGCGGCGACCUCCCGCGCCUCGAGCGCUGCACGGCAAUCACAACAGGCGGCGACCCCUCUCCGUCCCCCAGCUCCUCAUGUCCCCGCCCCGGCCCAGACGCCGACGCCGACGAGUCCGACCUCUCCUCCCUCCUCCCCAAGACGAUCAAGCGCAGCAAGCCCUUCAAGUACGCGUACGAGAAGGAGAUCGUCAUGUAUGCUUACUUCAAGAAACUUGACUACCACUCGACGGAGUGUAUCUAUGCUCCGACUGCGUACCGCGGUUAUGCACGCGCGUUGGUGAAAGACCUCGAAGCGGUCCGACCAAGCGCGAUCGUCGACCUUAUCUAUUCAGGCGAAGCGAUGGCCUCCUCGCUCUCCCUCCGCGGCAGACGAGCAGGCGGCGACCCGGACCCUCUCCUCUCCUCCUCUCCCUCCGCCCUCCCCUCCGCCUCCGCCGCCCAACCUCCCCAGCGCAAAGGCAUCACCCCACCAACGCGCAAAAAGACCGGUAUAUCCCAAACCCAGCAGAAAUGCGAGCGGUGCGGGAGCCUGACGAGUCAGAAGUUGUGUCAGGCUUGUAUGUUGCUUGAGGGGCUGAAUAGGGGGGUUGCGAGGGUUGGGGUGCGGUAG